GCGAAGGAGCCUCUUUGCCUUCCUCACCCUCCUGCCAUCCUGCCUUUGGACGGACUAUCUUUUGGCUUUUUAUAUUAAUCCUUGGAGCAAGACUGCUUUAAAGAGACAGAAGCUGACAAGCUCUGUCCAGCUGGAUGACUUUGAAGCGUACCUCAAAGACAUGAGCAAAGACUCCGCCUACAAGUUUUCUCUGCAGUUUGAGGAGCUGAAGAGCGUAGGUCUGGAUCUUUCCCAUGAUGCAGCAGACCUGCCAAUCAACAGACCCAAGAACCGCUACACCAACAUCCUGCCAUAUGACUUCAGCAGAGUGAAGCUGAUCUAUUUACAUAACGACGAGGGAUCCGACUACAUCAACGCCAACUACAUACCAGGUUAUAAAUCCCCCAGAGAGUACAUCGCCACCCAGGGCCCUCUGCCUGAGACGAGGAACGACUUCUGGAACAUGGUCCUGCAGCAGAAGAGCCGCGUCAUUGUGAUGCUGACCCAGUGUAAUGAGAGACGCAGGGUGAAGUGUGACCACUACUGGCCGUUCACAGAUGAGCCGGUGGCCUACGGAGAGAUCAGUGUUGAGAUGUUGUCCGAGUCAGAGUCACCAGAAUGGACCAUACGGAACUUCAGACUGGGAUAUGCCGAUGAGUCUCAGGACGUCCUCCAUCUCAACUACACGUCCUGGCCUGACCACGGCGUCCCCACGGUUAACGCCAUCGAUAGCGUCCUGAAGUUCGUCCACAUCGUCCGCCAGCAAGCCAACCGCACCAAAGAACCCAUUGUGGUUCACUGCAGGUACGUACGGGGUCUACCAGGCUCAACCACAGGGGCCGUGCUGUCAAGCUGCUCGCUACCGACCCUCUCUCGGGUAGAAAACUGGGUGUAA